UGUAUCCUGCCGCGGCUUUAUCUAUAGAUCGAAGAAACAGAGCACUUCUCCAUACGCGUAUAGAGAGAGAGAGAGAGAGAGAGCUUAAAACUAAUCUCUCAACUCCAAAUCCAAGCCAAAUCCUCAUCUGGGUCCUUCUUUUUUACCGUCAUCUUCAAUCCUCCAUUGAUAUUUUCCUCUUAUUCUUCUGCCAGUUUCUUCAGUUCCACAAACUUUUUUAUACUACUCUGUUUUGCUGGCAGAGCUUGUAGGGAAGGGGGUGGGAGCUUUCUUCUUUGUUUAAUAAUUCCCUUUUUUUUAUUUCUUCUUCUGUUCUAAAACAUGUGGGGUUUUAUUCUUUGCCUCCUAAACAAAGGCAAAUGUUAAUCUUUCUGGAUCUGCAGGCGUGAUUUCGGGGUACAAUAUGGGGGCAUAUCUAUUUAUCUCCUUUUGCAUUUCUUUAACACUCAGCUUUUAAGUUUACUUCAAAUUUUCUUAGCUCUUUGUAUAGAUGGCCUUUUGCUUUGGUUUUUCAAGUCAAUAGAUGGUUCUUCAUUAGCUGAUAAUACAGUCAGAAAUGGGAUCUAAUAAUGCUUUUUAUUCUGGUGAAUUCAAUUUGGAUGCUAAGUGGCUGAUUGAUCCUAAGCUUCUUUUUGUUGGACCCAAGAUUGGAGAAGGCGCUCAUGCCAAAGUUUAUGAGGGAAAGUAUAAGAAUCAAAAUGUUGCUAUUAAAGUUGUUCAUAGAGGAGAAACCCCAGAAGAGAUUGCCAAGAGAGAAGCAAGAUUUGCGAGAGAGGUUGCAAUGUUAUCUAGAGUUCAACACAAAAAUCUAGUGAAGUUUAUUGGAGCUUGCAAGGAACCUGUAAUGGUGAUAGUAACAGAACUCCUUUUAGGCGGGACAUUGCGUAAAUACCUGUUGAACAUGCGACCAAGAUGCUUGGAGAUGCAUGUUGCAAUUGGGUUUGCACUUGAUAUUGCUCGUGCAAUGGAAUGCAUACACUCGCAUGGAAUCAUUCAUCGUGACCUUAAACCUGAGAACUUGAUCUUGACUGCCGACCAUAAAACAGUGAAACUUGCAGAUUUUGGUUUAGCCAGAGAAGAGUCAUUAACAGAGAUGAUGACUGCUGAAACUGGGACGUAUCGUUGGAUGGCUCCAGAGCUUUAUAGCACUGUCACAUUAAGGCACGGCGAGAAAAAGCAUUACAAUCACAAGGUGGACGCUUAUAGCUUUGCGAUUGUCUUGUGGGAGCUCAUCCACAAUAAAUUGCCAUUUGAAGGCAUGUCAAAUUUACAGGCAGCAUAUGCAGCAGCUUUUAAGAAUGUGAGACCCAGCGCGGAGAAUCUCCCAGAGGAUCUAGCAAUGAUUGUGACCUCAUGUUGGCAAGAGGAUCCAAACGCUCGACCCAAUUUCAGCCAGAUCAUACAGAUGCUUCUGCGCUAUCUUUCCACCGUUUCACCACCAGAACCUGUCAUCCCCGCUCGAAUAUUCACUUCAGAGAAUGCUGUGCUGCCACCAGAGUCUCCUGGCACAAGUUCUUUAAUGGCUGUCAGAGAUGACUCAGGAGAAACCCCAAAAGCACAGAUGGAGGACAAACCAAGAGGUUUCUUUUUCUGCUUUAACCAGUGUUACUGAUCUCUCCAAAGGCACAAAGUCGUCAGUGGAGGUAUUUUAGGCAACCUCAAUAAACAAUAGUUCUCAAAAAAUAUUAGGAAAUAGAUCUUGAUAAGAAAAACAGCAACCUAGUUAGUUCAGUUGCAAUGCAACAGGUAUGCUACCUAGUAUCUGAUGUCUCCAUUAACUUUUCAUACUCUUACAUGAAUAUCAGUUUGUUCUGACAAGUUCACCUGGAGACUGGAGUUAGGAUUUGCUGUAAUGCAUCAGCAUUAUUGUAAAAUAAGGUCCAUCCAAAGGCCUUACUCCUGUUGAUAAUGUUUAAUCAAAACGAGUUUUGUUAGAAUCA